UCUAAAAGAGCAUCAACUUUUUGCAGCGGAAGUACACACUUGUAUCGACACACACACAUGCAAACACACCUUAAAGAGACUGCCGUGGUAAAACUGUCGAUCUGCAUUCUGGAAAAGACCAUCCACAUCCUGUCGGACAGAGUCAGGACCAUGAUCAAACGCAAACUGAGCAUUAAGUGGUUUGGUAGUCUCACCAACCUCAGACGAAAAUCAGAUGCCCAAAAGGACGAAGGACCUUCUGACAUGCUGUCAGUUAAAGAGAUAUCGACUGACGACAUGGGCAUGCAUCCACGGAGCCCAAGCUAUGCCAGCUCCAGUGAAAUGUACACCCACAUGGGCACUAUGCCACGUCACAAGAAGAAGGACAGAAGUUUAAAGAAGAACAAGUCCAAGGACAAGACCAAUCUGGGUCGGAGCCAGAGCUUGAGACCUUCACAGGACUAUGUAGUUGAUUCACCUCUUCUAAGUGUGCUUUCUGGGAAGGGCUUGGAAGCCUUGGAAAAGCCCAUCAUGGAGGACAAGCCAGCUAUGCAGACAAGAGACAUUCAGAAUCGUGAUCUUCCUCCUCCACCAACUCUGGAUGGAUGCACAACAGAGCAAGGAACUGCAGAUAAGGAGCCUGUACUUGACUCUAUGCUACAUGUUAAUCAGCCAGCUCCAUGUGUACAAUCUUCAGAUGUUUUGCCACCAAAUCUAAGUCUGACCAAAGGGUCAAAGGUUCAGCCAGUGCUGCCCAUGAAGAGACACAAAGGAGACACUUCCAUGAAAGGUGCUGAGGAGCUCCAUUCGGACAGUAACUUGAUUAAUUUGCCUCUAAAGAUUGGCAGUUACGCAGAGCAGAAGAAAGAGCAAGAGGCUAAUAUGGGAUCAGGCUGUAAGCAAGACAAUAAAGAGGAGAAGGAACCCAACAGAAAGUUGGACACCACAGACAGCCAAGGAGAAUAUGUUGAGUUCUCCAAGGAGAAGUAUCUGCUGGAAUCGCCCCCAGAGAAACUCAGGAAAGAGCUGGAGGAGGAACUCAAGCUCAGUAGCAGUGACAUGAGGAGCCAUGGCUGGUACCAUGGCCAUAUCCCAAGAGAGGUCUCAGAAAAUUUGGUCCAACGUAGCGGCGACUUCCUCGUCCGGGACUCCCUGUCCACUGUGGGCGACUAUGUCUUGACAUGUCGCUGGCAGCAGGAAGUGAUUCACUGUCGGAUCAGUAAAGUCCUGGUGAAGAGCGGGCAAAGUAAAAUCCAGUACAUGCUAGAGCAUGAGAGCUUUGACUCUGUGCCCACGCUGGUCAGGCACCACGCUGGCACAGGUCGAGCCGUGUGCCCACGUACCGGCGUACAGCUACUGUGUCCGGUCAACCGAACUCUGCCGCUGAGAUACCUGGAGGCGACGUUUGCAUUAGCAGGUGGAAGACCAGGAUCCGCACAUUCACCAUCAAUCCAGAGGGGGGCCCACAUCAAGAGACGGAGCGUAACUAUGACGGAUGGACUCACAACUGAAAAGAUCAUUCCUCACAGCCCUUCUACUGUGCACCAUAAGGAUGCAAUGAGGAACUGUGCCAUGAGCAUGGAUCAGAUCCAAGAGUACCGCUGCCCUCUGUCCCCAGUGGGGGAGAGCCCCCUGUCCCCUGCCUGUAGCUCCAUCUCCCGCCACAGACAUGGCUCUGGUGGUCGUGUCCUCGCCGUAAUCCCACCCUCCCCUGUUUUGCGGCGCUCUAGCGAUCCCCAUCUCUCGCCCUCUUCCUCCAAUAACAACCUUCCCUGCUCGGACAUGCCCCUUUGCACCCACUCCACGCCUGCCCACGGUUACCCCUCGGAGAGUUCAGAACCCGGGGGCAGCUACUGUGAGCUGAGACCCGGACAAACCCCCCCACCGCCCUGCAAGAGCUACGUGGAGAGGUUGAGGGUGGAGGAGGGCCAAAGCCAGGGCUCUGGAGCUCAGGACGGGCUGGAGGGAUACAUGCUGCCCCUGGUGGAGACCAGCUCCUCUUUCAAACCUGGGAAAUACCAGUCGACUUUUCUGCCAGCUGAGAAUAAACCACUAGAGAUGAGCGUAUUGAAGCGAGUGAAGGAGCUGCUGGCGGAGGUGGAUCCCAAGACAGCUGCCAAACACAUCACCAAGGCAGACUGCAUGGUUGCUAGGAUACUGGGCGUUACCAAGGAGAUGCAGAGGAUGAUGGGAGUGAGCUCGGGGCUGGAGUUGCUGACUCUUCCGCAUGGACACCAGCUGAGGCUGGAUCUGCUGGAGAGGUUUUACACCAUGUCUAUAAUGAUGGCGGUGGAUUUGCUGGGCUGUACGGGGAGCACAGAUGAGAGAGCCGCCCUCCUGCAUAAAACCAUCCAACUAGCUGCUGAACUCAAGAGCAAUAUGGGCAACAUGUACGGAUUUGCAGCGGUCAUGAGAGCCCUGGAGCUACCACAGAUCUCACGGCUGGAGCAGACAUGGAUAACGUUGCGACAGAGACACACAGAAGGGGCCAUCCUCUAUGAGAAGAAACUCAAGCCAUUCCUGAAAGCCAUGAAUGAUGGCAAAGAGACCUGUGUACUGUCCAACACGUCCUUCCCGCACGUGGUGCCGGUGUUGUCUUUGCUGGAGCGCGGUGUGGCGGCAGGGGAGGCGCUGGAGUCCUGGGAGAGUGUGGAGUCUGGGGUGGAUGUGGUCAUGAGUCACCUGGAAGCAGCACGCACCAUUGCUCACCACGGAGGAUUGUAUUGCACCAACGCUGAGAGCAAAUUAAACGAUUUCCAGGAGCGUAAGGAGGUGCUGGAAAUCUUUUGUACAGAGUUUCAGAUGAGGCUAUUAUGGGGCAGUCGAGGUUCGGAAGGCGGCCAGUCCGAACGCUAUGAGAAGUUUGACAAGGUCCUCACCGCUCUUUCACACAAGUUAGAACCUGCCGUACGACACAGUGAAUUAUAGCACCCACCCUGAUCACCCCGCGCCCACAAAUGGUAUGAUCCCUCCCCACUCUGUCACUUCCACGCCCGGACCGGACUAUUAUGUUUUUGUGGGGUAGACGUACAGCAGAAAUGGAGAAUAAGACAAUGACGGAAUGAUUCACUCUGCAAAAAAGGCACAAAAGGGGACAGGCUUUACAUGAGCAUGAUAGUGCCCCUUAAAGAACACAGAUGUGAACUGCAGCAAUGGAAUGAAAUGCACAUCUAAAGCCAAAAUCUCGUCUUCAGUGGUUGGACAGAGAAUCGACAUAUUGUGAUGAAGGGUUUAAGAACUUCUUUUUCAAAAACAGAGAAUGUGAUAAAAUGCAAGUUAUUUUCUGUGAACCAACGAUUUUGUCGCCAUCAGCUUUAUGUCGACGAUGAGAGCAAAGACAUCUCCCAUACAUGUUGUUUGCGCAGAGAGGAAACUGCACGAUUUACUGCUGGAAUUGACUGAACACACACUCACUUGUCAAAUGUCUGAAUGUAUGUUGCCAAAUCAUGAAUUUAAACAGAUACCUGCUGGAUUUUGAUGCUGUUAUGGCUUUAUCAGUAGACAGCUACUGUGAGGAAUUGUUUCUUUAUUUUUUUAUGAGUGUCUUACAGACGUUCACAUUCACACACUCUGCAGGUUUUUCAGCAUCACUCCUCUGAGCGCUUUGGUGAUGUUUUCUUUUUCUGUAUUUCUGUUGCUCUGUUGUAGAUUAUUAUUUUAAUUUUUUUUAAAGACCCCAUGAAAUCGAAUUGGAGUCUAAAAUGGAUGUCUAUUAGCUUUGAGACUAAUUAUCUCCUAAAAGUUGACUAAAUUAACUUUUGGCAAAUACAUGUCAAAUUACAGUCUUUCUGUUUCGGGAAAAAAGACUUAAAAUGUUAGGGAUGUCACGAAACAGUACUGGUAUCGGAAUUGGGUCCGAUACCGCGCUCAUGUACUUCUACUCGUGGUCGUAAAAAUGCUCCGAUACAAAAAAAAACGAUACCAUUUGACAUACAAAUGUCAUUACGUCAACAUUCAGCGUACAAAUUAAAAUCACGUUAUGUCCUAGUGUGAUUAUUAACCACAAAAGUCUGUGAUUUAAUGAGAUAAAUAUACAGUAUAGUUAAAUGUGAGCUCUUGUGAGUAUGUGGAGCCAGUGCUGUGCUGAUGCCGGCUGCUUGUACAUGCUCAUACACCGAAAAAAACACCAUCAUGAGCAUCACAUGCUCUGUUUGUAGCAGAUGACAGCGAGCAGAGCACUAAUUCACUUUGUAGCAUGAGGCACAUACAGACAUAUUUAUACAUAUUUAUUUCAUUAAAAAGCAACGUUUUGCAGUUUAAUAAUCACAUUGGGUCACAUAGCAACCUGCUUUUCCAGAAGUGAGAAGCUACCACCAAAAUAAAAGCUAAAUUUAAAUGGAAAAAAAUUAGACAGAAAUAUAUUACUACCGAAUAGUUAUGUAAUAUUCACUAUAAUAAUAAUAAUAAUAAUAAUAAAUCUAUGGUAAUUUUAUUAUUUAAGCAAUAUCUAACAUCUGUUAUGCUCUGUCGUGCAGCACUUUAUUUUACAAAAAUAAACUCCAGUGUUGUAUUUUGAAUUGUGCUGUGAGGUUCUGUAUAAAAUCAGUUAAUUUGAUUAAAAAAUAUAUAUGUAUUACAAUAUUAUGUUGAAAUUUAAUUGAAAAAACAAAAACAGGUAUCGUAUCGGUGUAAACUAAAAAGGAAGUAUCGGUACUCAUACUUGUUCUUAAAAAAAUUGUAUUGGGACAUCCCUAAAAAGUAUUGAUGACUCACCUGAUUUGCCAGAGCACGGUCUCAACAAUGAGAAUGUCCCCUCCCCUUAAAUUAUAAAUACCACUUGCUAUCAAAUCAAAAUAGCAAAUAGCGAAUCAUGGUUCAUGGCUGUGACGGAAACUAAAGGGUAUUUGGAUAUUUAAAAUUAAGGACAAGCCCUUCAAUAUGUCCUUCCCAACUUCCUGUUUCAAUAGAAAGUAGGUCAAUACAGAAAAGAAAACUACUUGUCAAACCAUUUCAUGGAGUCUUUAAUAUCUUUCAUCAUAGAGCAUGCUAGUCAAUAUGGCUUUGAGUUUCUAGCAGUUUUUUAGACACAUAUUCUCAAUGAGAUGAGAUCACAAUGAAUGUCAGUUUGUAUGAAAUUAUUCAAGAGCCCAUGUAGACAAACUUUAUGGAGCAUUUUCUUAUCUGUGCCCUAUUCUCGAACAAAGAUACUCUGGGUUAAAGAUUUUCAAUGAACAGUCAACAUAAGCAAUCUAACGUAGUCAUGCGCCAGGUUUAGUCCAUGUUUCGAUCAUGCAUGGCAAGUUAGUAAAGACAUUUGCUCUUUAAAGGAAUGUUCCAGGUUCAGUUCAACUGCAUUUGUGGCAUAAUGUUGAUUUCCACAUUUCCACAAAAAAAGCAAAAAUUGCGAUUACAGUAAGACUCUCAAAAUGGAAGUAAAUGGGGCCAGUCCAUAAACGCUAAAAUACAUAACAUUUCAAAAGUAUAGCCACAAAAUGUAAACGUUAUAUGUGUUAACAUGAAAUAAAUGUGAUAAAAUAGCUUACUUAUCUAUGUAAAGUUAUAUCCAAUAUUAUAACUUCAUUGUCAUGACAACAAAACCCUGUUAUCCCGGUGUUGGAAAUAACGUCACACAGAUCAGGUCAGUAAGUGAUUUUAUCACACUAAAAUAAUGUUAAUGCGGAUAAUGUUUACGUAUUGUGGCUAUACUUUUGAAACUGUAUUUAUUUUAGCAUUUAUGGACUGGCCCCAUUUACUUCCAUUGUAAGUGCCUUACUGUAACCACAUAUAUAUAACAUUUUACCACAAAUGCUGUUUAUUGAGCUUAACUUAUAUUGAACCUGGAACAUUCCUUUAAUUUGCUUUUAUUUUUUUAAAGAACUAAACAUUCUUAAAAAUGUUACGGCAAUAAUUUAUAUCACAACCUACUACAUGGAGGAUGUUUACGAGGAAAGCAUCACUAUUGCUAUUGCUCAAACUUAGGUUUAGGGGGUUUUCAAAACCUCACUGAAAUUACGGUUUCCACUUUGACGGAUGAUGACAUGAUCUAAAAAAUAACAUGGACUUUAUCGCCUUAGGCAUAUCUAGGGACCUGAACUUCAUAGAGACUUGUGGGUGGGCUUUUUUAACUUGAGCCAGUAUGUAACCACCUAGCAAUACAAUAACAACCAAUCAGAACACCACAGCAACCACAUAGCAACACCCUGGCAAUUACCCACAAAACCCUUUAAUAGUGGUGUAGACAUUUGCACUGGCAAGCACCACUCAUUUUCUUCAGAAAAUUUACAAAUGUCAUUCAAACUAAUAUUUGAACAACAAAAAAAAAAAUGUAAGGGGUUGAAAAAAGUUCAGCUAGCAGCAAAUUAUGGCCAGGGACAGGGCCAGAAUGCCCUGGAGAUGGUGCGAAAUGGCUUAACCCAACCGUGUCUGGGAGGACACAGCGUUCCGCCUCAGUAGUAAAAUACGCCCCCUCAGACAAACUUACUGGAUGCCACUCUUUCCACCCCUUUGCCAACCCUGGCAAAAAAUCCUGGACACGCCCCUGAUCAUGGCCAAAUUCAUUAACUUGUACUUGUAUUCACAGAUGCCCUUAUUGGAGUCCAGUACUGUUUUCAUGUUCUGGUAGAUUUAGCCAAACAAAACCCAAAGUCAUAUAUAUAUACCUCUGUAAGCAAUGUACAUUUUCUACCCUAAUUUCUAGGGUAACAACACUUACCCAUUAAGAGUAAAAGUUCUAAUGUUGCAUAUCCCAUACAGGCUGCUACACACCAAGUCUAUCAAUGUGUAUUUCCAGGGAACUUUCCGGAGGUGUUUUUCAGGUAUCUUAAUAAAGGCACAUCUGAAAGUAGAUGGUGCUGUCAUGUAUAGAAUAGCAUUAUGGGAUGAACAGUGCAUCAUAUGCAAUUCCACUUUUAGCCAGCAAAAGGCUCUGUUUAGUAAGCUUACAAAAACAAUAAAUGGACCUUUUAAAACUUUUUUUAAUAAGGCCUACUGGUCUAAGGCUUGUAACCUGUGUUUGGUUUCUCUAUUGAAAAGUUUCUGUAAAGGUAAACGUGUGACUAUUUCGUUUUGUAAAUAGUUACCCUUCAAUGGACGACGAUGAAGAAAGUGGACGAGGUCAUGUGACUGCAUCCUUUUAUUAUGUGCUGUACAUACUGGUAUGUCCUCUGUUUUGCACUCUUUUUUCAAAAAAUAAAAUACAGUAAGCUUGUG